AAUACCGUGGUUCUAUGUUGCGAAGAUGGCGGCGAAUACAGUUAACUGUGCAUGAACUUCACAGGCUCACGCUGACCGCACGAAGGCUCGUGAACCAUGUCCAAAAUGGCGUCUCCAAUGGAAGGUUGGGGCUUGUUGAAGCAAGGCGCAGAGGCACGUGUCUACAGAACGAAGUUUUACACCAAGAAGACUAUAGUGAAGGAAAGAUUUUCAAAAUGUUACAGGCACCCCUCUCUAGACGAAAAGCUCACCCAUCGAAGGACUACGCAAGAAGUACGAUCAAUGCUUCGUUGUAGGAAAGCAGGAAUCUGCACUCCAGCCGUUUAUUAUGUUGAUUACACUACUCAUUGUAUCUACAUGGAAGAAAUCGAAAAUUGCGUGACAGCCAGAGAUCACAUCAAUGAGCUUCUGGAUGGCCCUUCUGAUGCAUCUGAGCAAAGUUUACAAAGUCUUGCGGAAAAAAUUGGUUCUACAUUGGCGGUAAUGCACAACGUGGACUGUAUUCAUGGAGAUUUGACCACUUCAAACGUCUUGAUAAAGUCUGGGUUUGAAAAUAUCAUUCUGAUUGACUUCGGACUGAGCUUUAUAUCAUCACUGACAGAAGACAAAGGCGUUGAUCUUUACGUUUUGGAGAGGGCUUUCCUCAGCACUCAUCCAAACACUGAGCAGCUGUUCAAGAUUGUUUUGGAAAGUUACAAGGGGAAAGCAAACAAGGCUGGAGAGAUAAUAAAGAAACUGGAUGAAGUGAGGUUGCGUGGACGAAAGAGGACAAUGGUGGGGUGAACUAUGCUUCUACAGUUUCAGGUUCAUUACCAAAGUUCGGAAAAAAUACAAAACUUUGGUCAAAGUACAUCUCAUUACUAUAUGGCUCUUUUUGUUGGAACUGAAAGUGACACCAGUAUGAAAACUGUAGGAUUCUUAGCGUAACCCUUUCACCACCAGAAGUGACCAAAUGAAUAAUAAACGUCAUCACAAGCCAGUGUCAAAGACAUAAA